AUCCCACUGAUUUCUGAAGGGAUUACCGGACCUACCGUGAUUGAGAGACCACUGGUUCGCCUGCCUCUGCCUGUGAGGGAGCUGAGUGAGUGAGUGAGUGAGUGAAGGCACAACAUUAAACACUGUGACAGCUUUACUCUCAGUGUCUCUUUUAUGCCGAGGUGAAAGUUGCUCCAUAUUCUCGCUUGUUCUGGCCGGAGACAUGGCGAUGCAAUCUGCAUGUGGGUCGCGCGUGGACGGUACAUUUGUGCAGCUGCACUUCACCAUUUUUGUGAACUUUCUCGUGAUGUUCAUCGCAGGAAUCGGGUUUUAAAAGACAUAUCUUCCCUAAAUAGCCAGGAUAUAUUUGGACUUCUCUGUGCAUGAUCAGCCAAUGGAGGAGGAGAGGGUGGAUAAUACCCAGGAAAAAUCCAGUUCCCCUCUACCCACCGGGGCUCCUAUUAACUGGGCACUCAUCACAGGCCCUGUCCCAGAGCCUGUUUUGCAUGCAACCUCUGUGCCCUCACUACAGACAGAUGUGAAGUCAUUCAAACUGAGAAGGACAAGAGGGAGGAACAGAGAGAACGAAGUAGAGAGGUCAGAAACAAGGGUGCUGGUCAGCAGUCCCAUAGGGCGAAUUUCAUCUGAAGUCUCUCUGAGACAGAGGCCCAGAGGAAUAGGUCAGGUGUCUCUGCCUCCUCCCUCCUGGCAAUCAAGGGCUGCAAAGAACCUGAGCAGUAGUGAUGAAGGGGAGGAGGUAGAAGUGCAAGUCAAGUUGCAGAUCCACAGUCCUCCAGCUGAAACACAGGGGGAACAGGUGUUCCCAGGUGGAGAGGAAACUGACAAAGAGUUGUUAGAAAGAAAGGAAGGCCAGUCUUGUGGCCUUAGGGAAUGCUCCAGUUUGGAGAGUCUUUUGUCUGAUAACUCGAGCAAUAGUAAGGAUGAACCAUCCACUCCUCCUCCACCAGUGCUGUCCAAAAGAUCAGCCGCCAUCUCUAAUUCUACAUCAUCUUCCUCGACACCUUCCAUGUCCACCAGACACUGGGCACCACCCAAGGGCUUCUGGAGAGUGGUGCGACCAGAAACAUUGCCUCUAAAUGGCGUAGGCCCUCAAAAAAUACCCUCCACAGUUCCACUGAGGGACUAUACUCAAGUUCAGGCCCUGGAAGAGCUUCAGGCGAAACCAGAAUCAGGUGCCAUGAACAUUGUCGGAGAGGAGGUGGAUGACAGCAAUUCAGCCCCAGUAUUCAAGCACAAUGACAGUGUGGAGCAUUUCCUGGACAGGUGUGAGCAGAAGGAGGCAGACGCUGGUGACAAAGGACUGUGCAGUUCAGACAGUUGGGAGAGCACGUCUUCACAGGGUGAUUUUCUCUCCGCUGAUGAGAAGCUGAAGGUGAAGCAGAGAGCCUAUGCAAAGUUAAGGGAAAGACGGCAACACUGCAGAGAGGAGCGAGAGCAGAGUGGAGAAGAGCGAUCCAGCUGUUACAGUUACACAACAGUGGAGAGUAAAGUUGCAAGUGUCCAUGGGAUAUUGGACGGCUCAGACACAGCCAUUGUUGCUCAGGAACUUGAACCCUAUUUGAGGUCACUUAUAAUCAGUGACGAUCUUUCUCUGAGCCCAAGACAUGAGCAGGCCAAGCUUCUCCUGGAGCGCGCGCGACUCAAGGCUCGCUCCAAUCACGUUAAAGGUGACGGCCCCUGCAGACGCGUUCAUUCUGAUCACAGAGCCGCAGUAAAGAAGCAGCAAAUCAAAUCUCCCAACCCAGUGAUGGAGCAGAAAGCUGUUCAAACCAAUGAAGAUGCCCCAGCUCAAACUGCGUCCGGUCCCCUUCUUGUCCCCACUCAAAGAGACACUUCCCCUGUUGACCAUGGAGGUCGAUCUAGACGGUACGGUUGUUCACCCACACGGGUACGCUUUGAGGAUGAAUCCGAGAAAGAAGCAGAGUCUCGGUACUUGGACAGAGUCCGACACCGUGGCAGGACAGGGUUCCCUAUGUCCAAUAGUAAAGAAAGCAAUGCAGAUUCUAGUAGCAGUGGUUCAGAGUGGAGCAGAAGCCAAAGAAGUGUCUCCAUGCUGGCCCCACAAAAGAAAGAAGACGCCACAGAGACCACAACAGUGAUCAAAGAGAUAAUAGUGCUGGUUAAGAAAUGUGAGGCAUGUGGUUCUGUAGUCAGGGAACCUCAGCCAGUCUUGUCACCAGUAGAUCCACAGAACACUGAGCCACAGCAGCCUGGAAUCCCUGAGGACCCACAGGGAAAAUCUGCUACUCGCUGUGUCCUUUCAAACAAGCCAGAAGGAAGUACUCGUCCGAAGGCUUCUCUAACUGUCACUUUUGCUGGAGCCUACGUGCUGGGGGAAGAUAAGGAGAGUAGCACAGGAUGGAAGUCAUCAGGUUUUGGGAAACUUAGAAGAAGGAGCAGGAAAGGAGAAAGUCGACUGGAGUCUGGCCAUGGUCCUUAUGGUCCAUCAUGGGCUCAACGUCGUAACUCCAAUCCCAGGAACAGGAUCAACACGUGCAGAGCUGUUUCGUUUGAUCCAGGCAGCCCCGUCACUCUUGAGCCAUGUUUGCUGGCAUCUGGCGGAGCGAGGGAAUCACCAGCACCGUCACUCCCCAUAAAGUCAGCCUUAAAGUCAAGUUCAAGGAAUCGCUCUGCCGCUGGUCAGUCCUCAGUUCAGUUCCAGACUAUUUCAAAUCAAGGUGAAGAGGUCGGGUUACAGCAUCCAGCUCUUCUGGACUCUCCAGAUGCAAGAAGGGAGUGUCUGGUGUCUCUGACACAAGGGACACCAGCAACGAGCAACCCGGCGCCUUGUAUCAGGCCGUUCACUCUGAGGUACUCGCCAGCCCGACUCAACACGGACCUGCCGGCAGCUGAACACUGGGAUGUCACUUCAGAUGGAACUGCAGGUUUAAGUGGAGACCCUGGUUCUGGUCCUGAAUGCCGUUCAGCUCUAAGAGGCCUGUCCCGGGCUGAGGACCUCAGAGCUGAGCUGCUGAGAGCAGAACAUCUGAAAGCAGAGGCCUUGUGGGAGGAAAACUCGGAUGGGUCCAGAAAGCUGGAUGGACGGCCAAAGCUUUUCCUGCGCCGCUUCUUUUCCUCCAUUGGUCUGAACAGCGUCGGUAGACUUGUUAAAGGAGGCCGAUCUAACAGCAUGGAGCAGCUCAGUGUCCCCACUGCCGGCCGUGCCAGCUCUGCUUCCCCAAGCCCCACACGCAGACCACAGCCGACCAUCCGCAUACAGAGGACACCCUCGCUGCAGGCCCUGCACACAGUGUUGCCACUGGCCCAACUUCGCAAAGCCUCUUCAGUGCAGAGUUUAGAGAGAAGAACAGAGCGUUUAACAAUACUGGGAGAGGUACAGAUACCGUAUGGCUUGGCGCCCAGCCCUGAUAGCCCUCAGCUUGAACUGGACAGAGCCCUGAGAGUUGACGAUGUACUUGCCUCCAGAAUAGUGCGUCCAGUGGGCCGAGUCACCCAGGCUUUCCCUGAUGGAACCCUCCUCCUGGAGCUCACCAGACCCCCGAAUGGUCCUUUUGGUUUUGUCAUCUCGAGAGGCAAAGGUCGACCAGACACAGGUGUUUACAUAGAGAAAGUGGUUGACGGCAGUGACGAAGGGCCCUAUGUCGGUCUCCUUGGUGUCGGCGAUGAAAUUCUGGAGGUGAACGGAGAAGCAGUGGCUGGACUCAGCCUGGACCAGGUGACACGGCUCAUGACCCGGGAAAGCACUGCUUCACUUCGGAUCAUGCUGGCGCGACGCAGCCAGCGCUAGACAGGCACAUGGCAGACAUAAUCCUGGAUACACUGCAAACACUGCCGAUGGACUAGAACCUAUAGCUAUAAAGUACUUUAUUAUGCAUAAUGGCUAUACAAUAUGAAAUUACAGGGUCAGAACGUUGCCUGUAGUAGUGAUGCACUGAAUUCAUUCACGAUGAUUCUUUCAGCACAACUUGUUUCUGUGCAUAUUGGGGGUUUUUAUGAGAUCAAAUUUACACAAUUUGAAUUUACCAACUCUGCUUUUGCUUUUUUUGUGGCUUUGCUCUUCACAAUACAAAUGAUUAUAUACUGUACAUAGAGGAUUUCAUAUGACGUUAAUGUGUAAGGAGUGUCACAUGAGACCCUGAAGAGCUUUAUCACACAUAUGCUAUACAUUAAUGCCCUUCUCUUUAAUGCAACAAACUGAUCCCUUGCUGUUAUAGAGCAGAUCGUCCUGCAUGGAGCACUACAUGGUCAUUUUACUUUAACGUGUACUUCAUCAUCAAUUGCUAAUGUCUGCCUAAAAAAAAUAAAUGGUUUUCUUUUGUCAAA